CCCCCCUGUGGGUCAGUUUAAUCUAUAAAAGUUCAAACAAACAAUUUGGGCCUCACAUUAAGAAGGACGAGCAGUCUAUUCACAUAUGCAAUUGCUUGGAAAUUCAACAUGACGAAAUAUACAUUGCACUACUUCAAUUUGAAAGGACGUGGGGAAAUUGUGCGCUUGAUGCUCGUGGCUGCUGGUGUGGAUUUUGAAGACCACCGAGUUGAACGGGAGGAAUGGCCAAAACUAAAACCAACAAUGCCCGCUGGUCAGAUGCCAGUGUUAGAAGUAGACGGUAAAAAGUACUGCCAAAGUCUUGCAAUCGCCCGAUAUGUUGCGAGGGAAUAUGGUAUGGCUGGAGCUAGUAGCACUGAACAACUUCUGAUUGACCAGGUUGUAGACACUGUCAACGAUCUUCUCACGGACAUGGUCAAGCCGAUAUUUGAACAAGACGCAACAAGAAAGGCUGAAAUGAUGAAAAAACUAAACGAAGAAACCGUCCCGCGUGUGAUGGGAAUCCUGUUGAACUUUUUGGAGGGCAAUGGCGGACAGUAUUUUGUAGGAACAAAGUUAAGCUUAGCAGACGUAUAUUUCAUGGACGUGGUAUCUCGAAUUUUGGAUCAGGAUUCAAAAAUAUUGGAUAAGUUCCCAAAAUUGGCAGCUAACUUAAAAAGCACACAGUCCCUUCCCAAGAUCGCAGAUUACCUAGCCAAACGACCCAAAACAGAGAUUUAGGAAUCAACAUGGCAGCAUCAUUUUGUUGAAACUUAUAAUUGCAUAUUCAUGAAACUGAAUAAAACUCAUACAAUGCAAA